AUGGAUAACAGACCUGCUCCGGAGUACGCGCAGCCAGGUUCGCAAUUUCCGUAUCCACCGUCUGUCGCGCCUUCUUCUGAACUUCCAGCUGUAGACCAGGCUUCAGCUGCUGCAGCCCCUACUCCUUACACCCCUCAAACGGAGGUUCGCCCGGCUCCUCAGUAUACGCCCCAGCCCGACGUCCGUCCCACUGGGACUACCGCCAAUAUUUCGUCUUCCAACACCCCUCAGUCAGACUACGGUCUGAACCAGCCUCCUGCAGCCGCCGCCGCGGCGCGCUCCCCCGCCUACGAUUACAUGCCUCGACCUCAAUACCAUCACGCGCCCAGCACUCAGGCCGGCGGUGCGGCAGGUAUGGCUCAAGCAACAAGUCCGUCUAUCACCACCCUCGGUAGUAGUGAUGGCCAAUCGCAUAUUGACCAUCACGCUCCAUCCAACAACAUCAACAAUGAUCAAACCAACAACAUGAAAUCUGACACCGACGUUCCUAUAGAUCCCUCCAUCGCAGCCUCCAGUCCCACCUAUCCGCCUCCCUACUCGCCCUAUCAGCCACAGGGUCACGACAUGUCUCAGUAUCAAGGCCACCCUCCGCCUCCGCCGCCACAAAUGUAUGCGCGCCCCGAAUGGCCGCACGGUUACGCUCAACACGGGCAUCACAUCCCUUCCUAUAGUGCUCCUGCUACUACGGUCUAUUCGUUCGUUCCCAUUCCCGGUGCCCAACAACAUAAACGCCCCCGCCGUCGUUACGAAGAGAUUGAGCGGAUGUACAAAUGUGGAUGGAAUGGCUGUGAAAAGGCCUAUGGCACAUUGAACCACUUGAACGCACAUGUCACAAUGCAGUCGCAUGGUGCCAAGCGGACUCCUGAAGAAUUCAAGGAGAUCCGGAAGGAAUGGAAGGCCCGCAAGAAGGAGGAAGAGUCUCAACGCAAGGCUGCUGAGGAACGUGAGCGUGCUGCUGCUGCUCAGGCCGCUCAAGCCAACCAUGUCGAAGCUCCUGGAGCGCCAGACCCGGCACAAGCUGCGGCCACUCAACCUCCGGCCUACCCUGGUGGUGUCCGUCCUCAACUACCUCCGAUCGGGUACCAACCCGCUGAUGGCCAGGUGCACGGCGGGUACGGUGCCGCCGGUGGUAUGGUCUAUCAGAAUGGCCAAAUGGCGUACCCUCCCAACUACCCUCACUCUCCUUACACACAGGGUGGUCAAAUGUAUCAACCACGGCCGUCGCCGUUUUGCGCGCGCGCUGUUGGGAGAUUGAGGACAUAUGUCACAGAUGUGGCUACAGAUGCGGUCGAAGAUAUCCCCGGGGAAGAAAACGGCGAUUUUCGCAUUACGCGCACGCCUAUAGACGAGAAAAUCGGAAAGUCAUGCGGGACACCGAGGAAACGAGACUCACUACUCCUCGAGCUCGCAAAAGAGGGAACCUCGCCAAAAUUUCGAGAGGAAAGGAAGCAGGAGCAGAGGGGGUGGAGUAAUUUCAGUCUCGAAGAAAUUAGAAGGGCCGAGGCUGCGGCUAACAAGGAGGUUAUUUGGUUGACGGAUCGGGCGACGUUGGCGGAUAGGGUGGAGAAGGUGCUGCAGAAGAGGGAUGCGUUGUUUGCGGCGACGCUUGUGAGGAAAGCGCAGAGGCUGGGCCUUGGGAGUACGGCGGCGUGGAAUUAUCUUUUAGAAUAUUGUAUGAAGCAGAAUGAGCCGCAGGCUGCGUGGAGGUUUUAUAACGAGAUGAAAAAACGAGGACGACAGCCAAAUACGCGAACCUAUACGCUUAUGUUGUCUGGCUUGGGUAGAACCACUAGCCAACUUGGAUUUAAUAACAUCAAGACGGCAUUGUCGAUUUACGAGAACAUUGCCGACGCCAACAAUGGUAUCGAAAGGAGCAUCGUCCACGCCAAUGCUCUAUUAACGGCCUGUCUUCGACAGGGUGACUUGGAUACCCUGUGGAAAGUUGCCGCGGACCUCCCGGAAGUCGGACCACUUGCGCCGGAUGAGAAAACCUACACUAUAAUUCUGAAAGCUGUCACGUAUUCCCUUGAGCGAGAUGUCAAGGACAUCCCAUCAGAGGAUGUGGACAAGAUCAUCAAGCGGCGACACGAAGCCGUGAUAGAAGCCAAGAAAGUCUGGUCUGAAGUGGUUUAUCUCUGGAAAGCAGGACGUAUUCCCAUGGACACGUAUCUUGCCAACUCUAUGGCCAAGAUUCUGUUACAGGGAACUUCUGAUCACGACUGCCAUGAUGUCUUUAAGUUGUAUAGGCAAAUCUGUGGCACCCCGAUUCUUGUAGAGGAACCGCGCAAGCCUAGAAACUCUACUCCACUACCAUCACCACCUCCCCGUCCUUCCCCCCCACCUAAACCGAAGAGAACACAGAAGAAAGAGGAACACCUCCUUGCUCCAGACUCAGAUCCUGACAUGGAGUAUGUCCCGUUUGUGGGCGAAGAUGAAGAGCCGUUAUACAAGUCAAAACAGGAAAAAGAGGAACUGGAGGAGCUGGAAGAACACGAACCGGAGGAGGAAGUCCCGCUUAACUUUGAUCAAUUGUUCGAUCCAGUUUUCUCAGAGGGUGCUCCGGUUGCCGAAGCUGCCACUGUAAAUUGUCAGCCUGCUGCACAGGAUGCUGAGGGCUCUUCCUUGGAGGAUACUUCGUCAACUUCAGAAUCCAUAGCUGAGUCCCCCCAAGCUGUGGAAAGGACAGAAGUUGCCACCCGCGGCAGGGAGACUAAAAAAGCGUCUUUCCGAACAUUGGUUCCCUUCGGCAACCCAGAGCUUUGUUAUGUGCUGGAAGCUUGUAUGCUCAUAACGCAAGGGACAUCAGCCGCAAGAGUCAAUUGGGAGUACUUCACGCAGAGUGAUCAUCCACACAAAAUUCAACCAGACAAAGAAUCCUACCUCUGGUAUCUGCGGAUCCUACGACAGUCGCACUCCAGUCGCCUCACGAUCCGACUUCUUCAGGAUCAGAUGAUUCCAGCCAAACUGGUAGAUGGGAGGGUUUUCCACAUCGCUCUCAGCAGCUGCCGGCGUGACCGUAGGAACAUCGGCAUAUUCAAGAACGCCAACGAGAUUCUCGACCUCAUGCACCAGAACAUCGUCCUUCCCGACCCGCGAGCGUUGGAGGGCUACUUUGAACUGGUCGAAAGUCUCAGGAGGAAUCCCCAACGUCUUACGUUCUUGAAGGGCCUCGAGCCGGAGAGGGAAGAGCCUACUGCGAGCUUGGAAACGUGGGGUCGCGAGUUGCAGGUGAAGUUGCAGUUACUCGCCGUGCAAACGCUGCGCCCUCAUCUUGCGAAGUUCCACGAUGCGAUGCAGCAGGCGGACGUUGAUGGUCCACGCGCUCAGGGCCGUUUUUCUAAAAGCAAAAAGGACGUUGCAGUCUAUGGUUCCUCGGCUGUGAAGAUCAUGCUUACAGCACGACUCAUGAUAGACAACCUCUUGACGAGGAGUAAUGCAUCACUCAUUUCCGAGGAAGAUCGCAAGUUGCUCCAGGAAAGCUCGCAUAGAUUGCGAGUGUACUCGACUCCCGGCGCAUCGAAGAGGUUCCGUAACAUCACCGUGUUCCCGACGCGAAAGCAGCUUAACGCAUUCGAGAAUGGAGGAGGAAGGGCUGUAAUAGGGGAAAUUGCGAAGAGAGGAUGGCGACAUGAUGGCGAACAAUAA